UCAAAAAUUGAAACGCAACGAAUGACAAGCAAAACCGGCAAGCCGAGCGCCGAAUUAAAUCUCUAUUCUCUACCUUCUGUCAAAAAUUGUUGUAUGGUUGAGUUGCAUUUUAUUGAAUUCAAGAUUUUGUUUCUCUAUUUCAAUAGCUUAUAGCUUAAAAGUGAUAUAAGAAUGGCUCGUGAAAGUAGUGCUGGCUUUGAUAGGCAUAUAACAAUUUUUUCCCCUGAAGGCAGACUUUAUCAAGUCGAAUAUGCACUAAAGGCGAUCAAUCAGGGCGGACUGACGUCUGUUGCGCUGCGCGGCGCUACGGCAGCCGUGGUGGCAGCACAGCGGAAGGUACCCGACCGCCUGCUCGACCCUGCCUCCGUAACACACCUGUUCCCUAUCACCGAACACAUUGGCUGCGUCAUGACCGGCAUGAUAGCGGACAGCAAGUCGCAGGUGGCUCGCGCGCGCUACGAGGCGGCCAACUGGCAGUACAAGUACGGGUGCGAGGUGCCCGCACACGUGCUGUGUCGCCGCAUCGCCGACAUCUCGCAGGUGUACACACAGAACGCGGAGAUGCGACCCCUCGGGUGCAGCAUGAUGCUGAUCGCGUACGACCCGGAGACGGGGCCGGCGGUGUACAAGACGGACCCCUCCGGAUACUACUGCUCCUACAAGGCGGUGGCGGCCGGCGCCAAGGCCACCGACGCCAACGCAUAUCUCGAGAAGAAGUUGAAGAAGCGGGCGGCGCUGGGCACGGAGGAGGCGGUGCAGCUGGCCGUGGCCUGCCUGGCGCAGGUGCUCGCCGUCGACUUCAAGGCCGCGGACAUCGAGAUCGGCCUCGUCACCAAGGAAGAUCCGCGAUUCCGUGUGCUGACGGAGGCGGAGAUCGACAAACAUCUGACCGCCAUCGCAGAGAAGGACUGAAGACGGCUGGGAUCGUUUAUUGUUUAUAAUAUAUAUUAAUAAUUUGUAAUAAAUAAU